UCCCUUAUGAAACACUACAGCCCCACCGACUACGUCAAUUGGUUGGAGGAGUAUAAAGUUCGGCAGAAAGCUGGGUUAGAAGCCCGGAAGAUUGUAGCCUCCUUCUCAAAGAGGUUCUUUUCAGAGCACGUCCCUUGUAAUGGUUUUAGUGACAUAGAGAAUCUUGAGGGACCAGAGAUAUUUUUUGAGGAUGAACUGGUGUGUAUCCUAAAUAUGGAAGGAAGAAAAGCUCUGACUUGGAAGUACUACGCUAAAAAAAUUCUUUACUACCUACGCCAACAGAAAAUUUUAAAUAACCUAAAGGCAUUUCUUCAGCAGCCUGAUGACUAUGAAUCGUACCUUGAAGGCGCUGUAUAUAUUGACCAGUACUGCAAUCCUCUCUCUGACAUCAGCCUCAAAGAUAUCCAGGCCCAGAUUGACAACAUCGUAGAGCUGGUCUGCAAAACCCUCCGGGGCAUGAACAGUCGCCACCCCAGCUUGGCCUUCAAGGCAGGUGAAUCCUCCAUGAUAAUGGAGAUAGAACUCCAGAGCCAGGUGCUGGACGCCAUGAACUACGUCCUUUAUGACCAGCUGAAGUUUAAGGGGAACCGAAUGGAUUACUAUAAUGCCCUAAACUUAUACAUGCACCAGGUUUUGAUUCGAAGAACAGGAAUUCCGAUCAGCAUGUCUCUGCUCUACUUGACAAUUGCCCGGCAGUUGGGGGUCCCACUGGAACCUGUCAACUUCCCCAGUCACUUCUUGUUAAGGUGGUGCCAAGGUGCAGAAGGGGCAACCCUGGACAUCUUUGACUACAUCUACAUAGACGCUUUUGGGAAAGGGAAGCAGCUGACAGUGAAAGAGUGUGAAUACCUGAUCGGCCAGCACGUGACGGCAGCACUGUACGGGGUGGUCAACGUGAAGAAGGUGUUACAGCGAAUGGUGGGAAACCUUUUAAGCCUGGGAAAGCGGGAAGGCAUCGACCAGUCUUACCAACUCCUGCGAGACUCCCUGGAUCUGUACCUGGCGAUGUACCCGGACCAGGUGCAGCUUCUCCUCCUGCAAGCCAGGCUCUAUUUCCACCUGGGCAUCUGGCCAGAGAAGGUGCUUGACAUCCUCCAGCACAUUCAAACCCUAGACCCCGGGCAGCACGGGGCGGUGGGCUAUCUGGUGCAGCACACGUUAGAGCACAUCGAGCGCAAGAAGGAGGAGGUGGGUGUGGAGGUGAAGCUGCGCUCCCACGAGAAGCACAGAGACGUCUGCUACUCCAUUGGGCUCAUUAUGAAGCAUAAGAGGUAUGGCUAUAACUGUGUGAUCUAUGGCUGGGACCCUACCUGCAUGAUGGGACACGAAUGGAUCCGAAACAUGAACGUCCACAGCCUGCCUCAUGGCCAUCAUCAGCCUUUCUAUAAUGUUCUGGUGGAGGAUGGUUCUUGUAGAUAUGCAGCCCAAGAAAACCUGGAAUAUAACGUGGAGCCUCAAGAAAUCUCACACCCUGACGUGGGACGCUAUUUCUCAGAGUUUACCGGCACUCACUACAUCCCGAACGCGGAGCUAGAAAUCCGGUACCCGGAGGACCUGGAGUCUGUGUAUGAAACGGUGCAGAAUAUUUACAGUGCGAAGAAGGAGGACAUAGAGUAG